ACUCAACAGUCUCCAAAGGACUAUAUCAUUGACCCUCGGGAGAACAUUGUAAUCCAAUGUGAGGCCAAAGGGAAACCUCCUCCAAGCUUUUCCUGGACCCGUAACGGGACUCAUUUUGAUGUAGAUAAAGACCCUCUGGUCUCCAUGAAGGCUGGUUCAGGAACACUCAUAAUCAACAUCAUGAGCGAGGGCAAAGCAGAGAGCUAUGAAGGAGUGUAUCAGUGCACAGCGAGGAAUGAACGCGGAGCCGCCAUUUCCAACAACAUCGUCGUCCGCCCUUCCAGAUCACCACUGUGGACUAAAGAAAAACUUGAACCAAUAACACUACGAAAUGGUCAAUCUUUAGUACUUCCCUGCAGGCCCCCAAUUGGAUUACCACCAGCCAUAAUUUUUUGGAUGGAUAAUUCUUUUCAAAGACUUCCACAAAGCGAGAGGGUUUCCCAGGGCCUGAAUGGAGACCUUUACUUCUCCAACGUCCUCCCAGAGGACACCCGGGAAGACUAUAUCUGUUACGCUAGGUUUAAUCACACCCAGACCAUCCAGCAGAAGCAGCCUAUCUCCGUGAAAGUGCUUUCAGUGGAUGAAUUGAAUGACACUAUAGCUGCUAAUUUGAGUGACACUGAGUUUUAUGGUGCUAAGUCAAGUAGAGAGAGGCCCCCAACAUUUUUAACUCCGGAAGGCAGUAAAAGUACCAAAGAGGAAUUAAGAGGAAAUGUGCUGUCGCUCGAGUGCAUUGCUGAAGGCCUGCCUACCCCAAUUAUUUACUGGACAAAAGAAGAUGGAAUACUACCCCCCAAUCGGACAUUUUAUAGAAACUUCAAGAAAACCUUGCAGAUCACUCAGGUUUCAGAAGCAGACUCUGGAAAUUACCAGUGUAUAGCAAAAAAUACACUGGGAACCAUCCAUCACACUAUUUCUGUGACAGUUAAAGCGGCUCCAUAUUGGAUCAUGGCCCCUCAAAACCUGGUGCUGUCCCCGGGAGAGAAUGGGACGCUGAUCUGCAGUGCUAACGGUGACCCCAAGCCCAGAAUUAACUGGUUAAUGAAUGGCGUCCCAAUAGAAAUUACUCCUGAUGAUCCCAGCAGAAAAAUAGAUGGUGAUAUCAUUAUUUUUUCAAAUGUUCAAGAAAGAUCCAGCGCAGUGUAUCAGUGUAAUGCCUCAAAUGAAUAUGGAUAUUUACUGGCUAAUGCAUUUGUGAAUGUGCUAGCUGAGCCACCUCGAAUCCUCACCCCUGAGAACACACUCUACCAGGUCAUAGCAAACAGGCCUGCUAUGUUAGACUGUGCCUUCUUUGGGUCUCCUCUUCCUACGAUUGAGUGGUUUAAAGGAGCCAAAGGAAGUGCUCUUCAUGAAGACAUUUAUGUUCUACAUGAAAAUGGAACUUUGGAAAUUCCUGUGGCCCAGAAGGACAGCACAGGAACCUACACAUGUGUUGCAAGGAAUAAACUGGGAAUGGCAAAGAAUGAGGUCCACUUAGAAGUCAAAGAUCCCACAAGAAUCAUUAAGCAGCCUGAAUAUGCAGUUGUGCAAAGAGGGAGCACCGUGUCCUUUGAGUGCAAAGUGAAACACGAUCACACCUUAGUCCCCACGGUCACAUGGCUCAAGGACAACAAUGAGCUGCCCAAUGACGAAAGGUUCAGCGUGGACGGAGACCAGCUGGUGGUGACUGACGUGGGUGACCAUGAUAGCGGGACCUACACUUGCGUGGCCAAUACCACGCUGGACAUGGUUUCUGCCAGUGCUGUGCUCAGCGUCGUGGCUCCUACUCCAACUCCAGCUCCCAUAUACGAUGUCCCAAAUCCUCCCUUUGACUUAGAAUUGACAGAUCAACAGGACAAGAGUGUACAGCUGUCAUGGACUCCGGGUGAUGACAAUAACAGCCCUAUUACAAAAUUUAUCAUUGAGUAUGAAGACGCAAUGCAUGAGGCUGGGCUGUGGCAUCACCAGGCAGAAGUGUCGGGCACGCAGACCACAGCUGAGCUGAAGCUGUCGCCCUUCGUGAACUACUCCUUCCGCGUGCUGGCGGUGAACAGCAUCGGAAGGAGCUUGCCCAGCGAGGCCUCAGAGCAGUAUCUGACAAAAGCUGCAGAGCCGGAUAAUAACCCCACGGCUGUGGAGGGACUCGGAUCUGAGCCGGACAACUUGGUGAUUACUUGGAAGCCCUUGAAUGGUUUUGAAUCGAAUGGGCCAGGCCUACAGUACAAGGUCAGCUGGCGCCAGAAGGAUGGAGAUGAUGAGUGGACCUCCGUGGUGGUGGCCAACGUGUCCAAGUACAUUGUCUCCGGCACGCCAACCUUCGUCCCGUACCUGAUAAAGGUGCAGGCCCUGAACGAUGUGGGGUUUGCUCCGGAGCCGGCUGUUGUCCUGGGACACUCUGGAGAAGACCUCCCCAUGGUGGCUCCUGGAAACGUGCACGUGAAUGUGGUGAACAGCACCUUAGCCGAAGUGCACUGGGACCCCGUACCUCUGAAAAGUAUUCGAGGACACCUCCAAGGCUAUCGGAUUUACUACUGGAAGGCGUCACAAAGGAACAGACGUCACCUGGAGAAGAAGAUCCUCACCUUCCAGGGCAGCAAGACCCAUGGCAUGUUGCCAGGGCUCGAGCCCUUCAGCCACUACACGCUCAACGUGCGGGUGGUCAACGGGAAGGGGGAGGGCCCGGCCAGCCCCGACAGAGUCUUCCACACUCCAGAAGGAGUCCCCAGUGCUCCCUCAUCUUUGAAGAUUGUUAAUCCUACACUGGAUUCUCUCACUUUGGAAUGGGACCCACCAAGCCACCCCAAUGGCAUUUUGACUGAGUAUACCCUAAAAUACCAGCCAAUUAACAGCACACAUGAAUUAGGCCCUCUGGUAGACUUAAAAAUUCCCGCCAACAAGACACGCUGGACUUUGAAAAAUUUAAACUUCAGCACUCGGUAUAAGUUUUAUUUAUCUGCACACACAGCGGCAGGAUUGGGGAGUCAGAUUACAGAGGAAGCGAUGACCACUGUGGACGAAGGUAAGAUGGCUGGUAUUCUUCCACCUGAUGUAGGUGCAGGCAAAGUUCAAGCACUAGGUCCCAGGAUCAGCAAUUUUACUGCUGCGGCGGCUGAGACCCAUGCCAGUAUCAGUUGGGACUAUGAGGGACCAGAGCCUGUGACGUUUUAUGUUGAAUUUGGUGUAGCAGGCAGCAAAGAAGAAUGGAGAAAAGAAAUUGUAAAUGGUUCUCGGUCUCGCAACUUCUAUGGGUUAAAGGGGCUAAUGCCGGGAACAGCAUACAAGGUUCGAGUUGGUGCUGCUGGGGCCUCUGGCUCUGUGAGUGCAGAGGGUGUGUUUGAGACAGGCCCAGCGAUGGCAAGCCGGCAGGUGGAUAUCGCCACUCAGGGCUGGUUCAUUGGCCUCAUGUGCGCCGUUGCUCUCCUCAUCCUCAUCUUGCUGAUCGUUUGCUUCAUCAGAAGAAACAAAGGUGGUAAAUAUCCAGUGAAAGAAAAGGAAGACGCCCACGCUGACCCAGAAAUCCAGCCAAUGAAGGAAGAUGAUGGGACGUUUGGAGAGUACAGCGAUGCUGAGGACCACAAGCCUUUGAAAAAAGGAAGUCGCACGCCUUCAGACAGGACUGUGAAAAAAGAAGACAGCGACGACAGCCUAGUGGACUAUGGAGAGGGAGUGAAUGGCCAGUUCAAUGAGGAUGGCUCUUUCAUUGGACAGUACAGUGGUAAGAAAGAGAAAGAACCAGCGGAAGGGAAUGAGAGUUCCGAGGCCCCUUCCCCUGUCAAUGCCAUGAAUUCUUUUGUUUAGCCCUUCCAGCUCUUUGCCGUGAUUCCAUUUCUCAAGAAUUUCUCGUAAGCACUUGUUUGUCAGGUCUCUCAUGCUAUGAACAUACAAGUGGAAGGUCUGUUUUCUGCUGUAUGUUAAUAUUAUGAGAACAGUUAGAGCAAGAAGGCGACUCAGGCCGAUUCACAUGAGCUGGAAUGCACAGUGCACAUUUUCUGCUCAAGAUGGAUAGUCUUCAUUUCUCGGAACUCAUAGAAAUAACACAACAUCAGCAACAGAUGAUGUCAUUUCCUCUUCGGAAUACACUUCAACCUGAUGCAUGAAAAAUGCUACCUGUGUACGCUAUUCAAACAUGGUUUGGUACUUUGUUUAUACUAUCCUCAGCAGAGCCCCCAAAUAUGAAUUCCGUUUUCAUUGUGCAGAGUGUUCCUGUAGUGUUCUCUAGAGCUUCAGUGUCUUGGUGGGCAUUGCUGUGAAAUGGGUGACUGUGACUAGCUGUGCUUAGUCUUUUGGGGGAGAUUGGUAGGAAGAGUGUGUACAGUAUCUACUUGCUAAAUGAGUUGGUUCUGAUGUUGCAUUUGCUGAUGCUUGUGAGACUGUGUCCCCUGCUCUUGGCUCCUGUUACUUCUAGGCUUCCUCGUGCGCCAGGUGUCACAGCAGCACAAUGUUCUGCUUUCUACCCUCUCUCUGCCUACGGUUGUUUUUAGACUUAAGCGAUGUGUUUCACAAUGCAUUUCAGCAGCGAAGCCACACAGAAAGCAUCAAACACAAAUCACUCGAAUGUUCAGAAAUGAGUCCAGAAAACCCAGGUCAAGACACAUGUAGUGCCUUCAGACAGGAAGCAUUCCACGCCAUAUGAGCCAGUAUGGCCAACUAGGGCCUGGAUUACUGCCCAAGUUGCUUUUUAGAAGCAAAGACAGUGAAAACUGCAAUGAUGGGUCGGGGCUGGGGACGAGGGAGGGAAGGAAAUGUGAAAAUCAGAAGCAUAGGGCAAUUUAUCUCAGAGAGCAUUUCCCCCGUAAAGUCUAGAAAGAAAAACUUUACUACCAAUUGGAAUCCAGGAGGAUUUUGUAGUCUUCCCUAAUUUCUAUAAAACAAAUCUUAUUCCGUUAAACAGAUGUCAGCAUAGUAGCCAGUUCAUAGAAAAAGAAACAGGUUAUUCCGAAACUCAAAACACGCAGCAGCGUUCCAACACUAAUACACCAUUUGCUAAGACUGCACCUACAUGAUCUUCUGAAAUGCUGUGCACCAUGGAGUAAUACAUGCUUGUGUGCAAAUGGUGGCACACACAUUCGAGAAUCUAGGAAACUCCAACAAGUGCUGCAUCUGCAGCUUAAAAAGUAAACAUAUCUUCACAGCUAUAGUCUAUCCCACUCGUAAACACUCUAUCUUCAGUGGUUUACCUCCAGAUAUAAACAUCUAUAACAACCUAUGGUUGAAGGAAUGCUCUGUUUCAUUUGCCAAUCAAUUGGUUCCUCAUAACUUGCAUCAAGUUUAAUUUUAAGUAAAGCUUUUUAUAUGUAGAUAUUGUGUUGAAUUUGUAAAUACACUUAAAGUGUAGAUGCAAUAAGCCUAUAGGUGUGACAUGCAAAUAAACAUGCAAAAAUGUUUAUGUUGUACUGUAUGAGAACUAAGCUCCUUCCUGCAGGGCUCGGGAUUGGAAAGCUUCUGCCUAAAUAUCUGAUAGGUUCCCUUCUCACCACCACCUUUUUGCUGUGAAUCUGCAGUAGUGGGUUUUGCUGCAUACUGACAAGAGGCCUCUAGCUAACCUUGCAAGCUUUCCCUGUGGGGUACAGUGGGCUUGGUGCCUGGUACCCUUGAUACACACAGGUAAAGCCUAGUUGGAAGGCAUCCCAGAUCAAGGUGGCACUAAACCACCUUCAUGGUUGACCUUCAUAGACCAACCUGCCUGUUGGAAAAAAAAAAAAAAGACAAAUAGGUUGGCCUGGGCAUCAGAGAACACAACACAAAGGUCAAGUUAAUUUCAGUUAACUAGUAAUUUCAGUUAGCUAGUUAAUUUCAGUUAACUCACAUUUUGAGAAACACAUACACAGUUCUACUCUGCCCUCAUGGUAGAUGCUAAAUUUGUGGGUGAAAGAGUUGUUAUAGUGCACCAGAUUUUGUAUCAAAAAUGAAAUGUGGUUUUCAGAGUCUCUCUGUUGUAACUGCUCUUGUGUCCAGUGGAGUCUGAACGGCCACAUGAUGGUGUGUGUAUGUGAUAGUGCAGGCAAGUGCGAUUGGAUUUCCAUCCACGAAGUCACUAUUAAACCAGUCUUGCU